CGGAGGUCAAUCACAAAUGUGUUUUUUGUUAUCCCCGCUGACUUUAUGCUGAUAGGAAAAGCACAUAGCAAUGGUAGUGGCCAAACUCCGCUGAGUUAGUGUUCUAAGAUGCUGGCCAACCGACUUCGAUAAUAAUUACCUAGGAUUACGUUAAUGGCUAGCUAGCGCGCUUAAAGGAAGUGUUUUGGCUCUAAAGCUAAACUAACAUUACGGCGCAGUAAUCGGUCCAUCGGUCCAGUUAACUUCAGCUGACGUCAACAGGUUCGUGAGGAGCUGAUCCCAGUCAUCUCGCCUGAUCUGACACUCCAUCAUCUACUGACCGUCUGCUCUGCCAGCAUGGCUAACACAGACUCUCUCAAUGUCCGGGUCUUCUCUCUGAACUGCUGGGGGAUCCGCUACCUCAGCAAACACACUCCUCAGCGCUAUGCCAUGAUUGGAGAUAUGCUGUGCAAGGAAGAGCAUGAUAUUGUCUUACUGCAAGAGGUGUGGAGUGAGAAAGACUAUCUCUCCAUGAAAAAGAAACUAGCCUGUAGUCAUCCUCACUCUCAUCACUUCAAAAGUGGAGUCAUCGGCAGUGGACUGGCCAUCUUCUCCAAGCACAGGAUCCAUGAGACCUUUCUGUAUCGCUACUCACUGAACGGUUAUCCUUACAUGGCUCAACAUGGCGACUGGUUCGGAGGUAAAGCUGUUGGGAUGGCGGUCCUGAAACUCGGCAGCCUGACUGCAAACGUCUACGUGACUCAUCUGCAUGCGGAGUACUGCAGAGACAAGGACUCUUAUCUACCUCACCGAGUGGUUCAGGCCUGGGAGCUGCAGCAGUUUGUUCGCCACACGUCUGCUGGAGCAGAUGUGGUGAUUCUAGGUGGCGACCUCAACAUGCACCCUCAGGACCUCGGCAGCAGACUGUUGAUGUCCUACACCGCACUCCGAGACUCUUAUGUAGAGUCGGCUAAAUUUGACGGCUGUGAGGAUGGUAUGACUCUAAUAGCUGACAACCCUUUCAUCGGUAAAAAGGAGCUCGGUCCCUUUGAGAAAGGAAUUCGAAUCGACUACAUCCUGUUCAAGGGAUCUUCCAAAACGGACAUUUAUUGUGAUUUCAUGUCCACCACCAAAGGCUCCGUCCCCGAUCAUCCGUUCCCGUACUCGGACCACGAGGCUCUGACUGCUGGAUUGAGACUGGAGACACAAACUCCAACUGAGACGGACGGCGACAGGCAAAGAACGUCAAAGAACCGGGACUCUGCUGCAGGGAAGGUGGCUGAGUUGGUCGACAUUGUGACCGAGGCGCGUACUGAAGUCAAAGUGGGCCUGCACUGUGCUGAGAGGAUGCGCUACACAGCGGCACGCACCGGAGUGAUGGGGCUGGCUCUGCUGUUCCUGGAGCUGGCCAUCGCCGCUGUGCCCUGGUUGGCCCUGGGAGCAGAGCAACCUUUCCCUCGCACCUCCUUCUACCUGCUGGCUGCGUUGUGCUUCGCCAUCCUGCUCACCACCACUCUGCUGUACCUCUUCUACACCAUGGAGCUGAAAUCUCUUCAGGGGGCCGAGGACCAGAUGAGGCUGGCUGUAGGAAGUCUGCAAGACAAGCUCAGGGGUUUUCCUCUGGCUCAGCCCCACAACGCCCAGCGGAGACCCCCAGAGGGCCAUGAGCCCAGCGCCUUUACCCCAGAGGAGUAAAACGGGAGCAGACCGGGGGGGGGGGGGGCUCACUGAAAGAAGCCCUUGAAGUGAGCUUUAAGAUGGAAGUUUGAGGAGGUUUUAUCCGGUGAAUGUGUCGUAUGCUCUUGAGAUUUAGACUUGCACUGCAGAAUGAGUUUCCAAAGAACGUUUCUGAAAGUAGUGCAGGACACAUGCUUUGACCUCUUUUGUACUUUUUAUAUAUACUCGUCUUCAUCCGCUUUCAGCCCUAGAUUACCCACAAUGCACCUCAACAAACACACUCCCUGUUACAUAUUAUCAAAUGUGUGUGCUGCUGUUCCCAAAGGUCUUAAAGGGGACCUUUUGUGUUUCUUAAGCUCGAGGUCAGACCUCCAUUCCACCCUCCGGUAGUGUCAGCGGGACCAGCUGUUUCUGUUUAUUUAUUUUCAUGCUUCCCUUUCGUGAUUUUGACAGAAUUGUCGUGGGUCCAGACUGUUUGCUGAUUUAUUUAAGAAACAGACUCCGGACGUUGAAGAUUUACAUUUUGGUCAGUCACCUUUCUUUCUCUGCAGGACAGAUUGUAGAGAGCUGCCAGUGGCGCUUAACAACAAGGAUCCGAUGCACCAGUUCAGACUUUUCAGUGUCGUGUUGAAGGGAAAGAGACAACUUUAUCGGCAUGUCUCACUGUCCUGCACUGCAAAGUAUCUUUAUGUAUCAUGUAGUGUAGAAAGUGUGCAGUGCACUUAGUUGACUAACCCGAUGAACAGCUUCCUUUUAUGUAAGAUAGGAAAUGACCUAAUGAUGUAAAUGGCUGUAAAACUGUAUUAUGACUCACACCAACAGCCCAACAAUGGCUGAUCAUUUUUAAACUUUAAUCUUUCACCUCGAUGUUGGAAAAGCACUUGAUAGUUUUUCACUUUAAGGAUAUGAGGUUUAAAAUAUUACCUGAUGUUCAUUCCAAAACUGUGAUAGGCAUGAUUAUGAAAGCAAUAAUAAAGACUUCAUAUACUCUGUG